UUUGGAGUGAAAAUGGAGAAACACUGCAUGGACUCACAAGUCAAAGGAGUCAGCACAGGGACCACCAUCCUGGCUGCCAUUUUUGAUGGAGGGGUCGUGAUUGGGUCAGACUCCAGGGCUUCAAUUGGAGGGGAAUAUGUAUCAUCUAAGACCAUCAACAAGGUGAUUCAGGUUCACGACCGGAUCUUCUGCUGCAUGGCUGGUUCUCUUGCAGACGCUCAGGCCGUCACCAAAGCUGCAAAGUUCCACCUGUCCUUCCACAGUGUGCAGAUGGAGAGCCCUCCUCUGGUGAUAGCAGCAGCAUCUGUGCUGAAGGAACUAUGUUACAAAAACAAAGAGGAGCUGCAGGCUGGUUUCAUCACAGCAGGCUGGGAUAUGAAGAAAGGACCACAGGUGUACGUUGUGGCUUUAGGUGGGAUGUUAGUCAGACAGCCUGUUACCAUCGGUGGCUCAGGCAGCACUUUCAUCUACGGCUACGUUGACGCUAAAUACAAACCCAGCAUGACCAAAGAGGAAUGCCUACAGUUUGCCACUAAUGCUCUUGCUCUGGCGAUGGGCAGAGAUAACGUCAGUGGAGGUGUGGCCAACCUGGUGGUGAUCACAGAAACGGGGGUGGAGCAUGUGGUUGUACCUGGUGAUAAACUGCCCAGGUUCCACGAUGAGUGACCACCAUCCACCUCCUGUCCUCAAAUCACCAUCCCUAAGACUCACAUUUUUUGUUAAUUUGUGUAGAACUGGGACCAAA